AUUCCUCGUACACAUUCCUUGAUCAGCUCUCAAGGCUGUACUUUUGCGAUCAUGGAUAACGAAAUAUAUUUUCUUAAAGAAGAAAUAAUCCGUUUGAAAGAAGAAAAUGAACAUUUACAGCAGGAUGGACAGUUGGCAGGAGAGAUUGGGAAGAAUUUGCUCGAAAAUAACCACGAAUUGGAAAGGAAACUUGAAGAAGUGAACAACGACUACUUAACAACGUUAGGAAAUCUUGAGGAACUAAAGCAAGAGAAUUAUUCAUUGCGAUCCAAACUCGAGACAGAGGUUCGAACCAAUUCAAACCAUGGUCAUGAGUUGGACGACUUGAAGAUAAAGCUUCAAAAGGAAUUCGAAGCGAAAGAAAAAUCUCAACAGAUAACAACAGAGAAGAAGAUAGGCGAACUAAGAAAAGAGAUAGAAUCGCUACAAAAUGACAUCAACAAGCACACACUGGUAGAAAUUCAACUGCAAGAAAAAAUUAAGAAACAGGAUGAGAUGUUGCAAGCAGCUCGCCGAAGUAGUGAAGAACUGCAACACAAUGGACGAUCUCGAUUGGAGAGUAUUGAGGAGUACAUCCAUCUGGCCUCCGAGCUCACAGAAGUGAGGGAUGCUUUGACCAUGAAGCUUGCUGAUUUAAAAGAUAGUCAGGAAAGGAUUUUAUUCGACAGAAACGUACUAAAGGAAAGAGUUGAGCAUCUUGAGGAAGAACUCCAAGAAAAGGCUCGGCAAGGACAAACCUGGUUUAACUGUUUACAGGAAGCUCGCAGCGAAGCAGGCGAAAUAAAAGCUGAACUUGAAAGCCUUAAAGCAGACAACGCAAGGAGAAACUUUGGAAAACAAGGAAAUUCUCUUUUUGGAGAGGUGGAAGAUCAGCGAUUGGAACUUGAGAAGAAAUAUGGCAGUCUACGAGCUCGACACGAGGGUAUGAUGAAAGUGCACAAUAUGACGAAACAACAUCUACAGAGACUGAAGAAUCAAGUGGCUACUCUGCUCCAGGUAAAGAGCUGUCAUGCAGACGCCUCACAGAUUCAAAGGCUCACCCAAGCGUUGGUGCAAAAAGAAGGCGAGGUGAAGAUGUUGAACACAAAGAUAUCGAGUCUGGAGAAGGAGAAGGAAGAGAGCAACAUAAGCAGCCGUUUGAUGGAGUUUCACGACGCUUUCUCUGAGUUUGGAGACAAGAAAGACUAUGUGAACUUUCUUCAGUUACAGCUUGAAGACUCCAAGAAAGCCCUGGCAGCACUAAAUAAAGAACUGCAAACAAAAACACUGCUUCAGUUAUCCGAAACUGACAGACUUCGCCACACUCAACAUCAACUGCAUGUGUCCGAGUCAAACGUCGAGAGACUGAACGGUGAAAAUAUCAAGCUAAGGCUGAAAAUUGAUGACAUGCGUAUUAAGCUGCAGAACCAUUCCCAAAAAGACCCGCAAAAUAUCUCUGAAACCUCGAACUCAUCGGGUCUCAGGAAAACAAAGUCCGCCAUUGUGCUAAGUGGGGCCAAAUCAACAAGUACCAGACCAACAGUACCCAUAAAGAAAGGACAAGAAAAUACCGUAUCAUUUAAAACAAAGGUGGCGAAACAAGAGCCCUCAAUUGUAAAACCUCCUGUUGUUCUGGUUAAAACUCCUCACCCAUCAUCUGAUAAAGAACAAGACAGUGAUAUGACUUCUACUUUCCAAGCUGAAUAUACUGCGGAAAAUUGGCUCAGCAGCAACGUGCCAUGGAAACUGCCUUUAUCAACUAAAGGAGUUGAAAAUGAGGCCAAAACUAAAGUAGAAUUUCAAAGGAAGCCAAAGGUGCGCUUUCAGACUGCGACGGACGACAUCGAUUUAUCAGAAACUCAAAGCAUGGAUGACAACGCACCGGCUUGUGGAGAGCUCCUGAAAGAAAAUUCUCAGCCUGAGGUGAGCGGCUCAGAACAGAUGUCCUCGAUCACUGUGAAAGGACAGAAAACUGCUCCUGUUGUUAUCAAUGUGAAGAAGGGCGAAACUAAAAAUCAAUGUCCACAGCAGUGAUGUAGGAGAGAAAAAUCGUAACUUUCAAAAAAAUUUUAAAUUGAGAUUGGGAGACAUUGAAAUGUUACGGGGGUAUUUUAUUAGGUUCUUUAGCGGGGUGUUAAGAAACUACUUCAGUACACUUGGUAAGUUGGCCUCCGAUUCGGAAUCUGAGGUCAACCUGCACCCUUAGCUUUCACUCCUUGAUAAUUUGGUUAUAUCAACUAAGUUGAAAUUGUAAAUUGGCCACCGUAGAGUUAAAAA